UAUAAAAGCAAAAACUAAAAGACAUAAACACACAAAACAAAUCGAAAACUUUUAACUAAAAUUACAAUGAAAGCAGAAAAUCUAAAAUCUAAUCAAAUUUUAAUAACUAUAUUAGUACCUCAAUGAUAAGUGUGUCAAUCCCUGACAAGUACUGAAUUGAGCUCUCUUUCAAGUCUUUUUGCACUUGAACGGUCAAAAAACGUCCGCUUUGGCGAGUAAAGUACUUAAGUGAACAUAAACAGUUUGGAGAAUAUGUAUCAGAGUAUUGGAUCUGUAUAUUGUUAAAUAAAUGCUUAUUUGAUGCAUUACAAUUUAACUAAACCCUUUAGAUUUUCUUAAAUGCCAUUUAGUUUUGGUCAUCGGAAAUUGUUUUAGUCUAGUUUUAGUUGAGUAAAUCAGUAGCUUUUUAGAGGACAGUGAGAACAUGAGUGAUCCAGAACCCUGCAGAAUGAAACACACUGAAGAUACUGAAGAACAAAGAGGUUGGUGUUUAUUCUUGAAAUGUUUCAUUUUAUUUACAGCCAGGUAUUUAAUAUACAUAUAAAUAAAUGUCAUUGAUUGCAAUUAUGAGGUCUUUGGAGUAAGAUCCAUUUCUCUUUCAUGAGAUUACUUCCUCUUAUUGGCCGAGUUACCUUUCUCCGUGUCAUAAACUCUUGAGGCAAGGCUUCUAAACUGUGAAUUUUUAAGGGCGUGAUAUUCAAAUGUUUUCAGCCGCCACAUUUAUCAAUGUCGGGUCAUUCAUAUGAUGGGACUGGCGCCAUACGAAAAGUGUAAAAAGUGUAAAAACUUCAACAAGGUACUUUCAACAACCAUGAAUAACCCCAAAAGCGAGAUUCUUUCUUUGUUCUUUCAUUUCAGAGCUGAUGGAAGUGAAGGAGGAGAGUGAAGAACUGAGUGAAGUGGAGGAGAAACAUCAUGACAAACCUGGAGAAAAACCUUUGAGUCGCUCAAAGACUUUCACCUGCACUCAGUGUGGAAAGAGUUUAGCACGAAAAACAAAUCUUAAACAUCACAUGUUGAUCCACACUGGAGAGAAGCCGUUCACGUGUGUUCAAUGUGGAAAGGGUUUCAUAAAGAAAUAUCAUCUUGAUGUUCACGUUAGAGUUCAUACAGGAGAGAAGCCGUUCACAUGUGAUGAGUGCGGGAAGAGCUUCACUCAAUCUUCACAGCUUCAAUACCACAUGAGAGUUCACACUGGAGAGAGACCGUUCUCGUGUGAUCCGUGUGGGAAGAGCUUCACUCGAUCUGAACUGCUUAAAGGACACAUGAGCAUCCACACCGGAGAGAGGCCGUUCACAUGUGAUCAAUGCAGCAAAACAUUUCCUCUGGCAUCUGCCCUACAUAAGCACAUGAAAGUUCAUACGGACGUGAAGCCACAUUCAUGUUUUGUGUGUGGAAAGAGAUUUUUAACGCGCAUUCAUGUUUUGUGUGUGGAAAGAGAUUUUUAACGCGGUCUAAUUUACGUAUACAUCAGAAAACUCAUACUUAUGGAGUCAAAUUAAUGCCUUAAAGUUUUGCACAAAAAUAAAGU